AUGAGCGUCAAGUACCUUCUUUUCUCCGUCCUCCUCGUCGGAGCCGUUCAGGCAGAGGAUUCAAAGGAUCUCAGCAAGCACAACUGCUGUCUCCAUAUCAAAGACGCCAGUGAUGCUUGGUGGAUGACAAACCCCGACAUCACCAAAGAAGUCUGCAAGUCGUACUACAAGGAUGUCGCGCAAUUUGACAACAAGACCGGGACAUGCAACGAACACAAGAAUGGGACGAUCAAUGAUGUGGAUUGGAAGAGCAAGUGCAAGAUUUAUGGAACAUCAUUGGGCUGGACUGAUGAUCGGGUUGGGGCUGGGUAUGACGCGACAUGUUAUCCGAUAGACGCAUGA